UAAUUUCGAUCCCGAUUUUAUGUAGAAAUUCCGAUCCCGUUUUCGGUCAAUCCCUAUGCCUCUGAACUCUAUUGAAAAUCCGGUGUGCAUAAACCUUAAAAUCACGGUGUAAAAUGGAAAAUAUUAUUUUAUUAUCUAUACGUGUUUAAUUUAAGCUUCGAAAAAAUUUUGUUUGGAUAUGGACAAAAUGAGUAAAAAAAUAAUUUUUUAAAAUGAUAUUUAAUUCACGCCCGUUGAUGUUGUUGUUGGUUGUUGGAUGUUGCUGGUUGGACAUGGACAAAAUGAAUAUAUAGUUGUGGCAGGAGACGAAGGUGUUGUGAAGCUACUUGCUGGAUCUAGCAUUGAAUUUGUUGUAUAUCCUGUAAAGCUUGUUGUUGAAUCUGAUACGAAAGGUGUUGUAGAAGUUGAAUAUGUGGUUAUUGAUAAUGUUGAUGCUUCUGCUGAUUCACUUGUUGAUGUUCCAUAUGAAUUAGUUGAUUGGGAUAAGUAUGGAUAAUAACUUUUUGUAGAAGAUAGACAAGGGCAGAAAGUAGU